GCAGUUCACAUAGAGCGUGCUGGUGUGUCAUCGUGGAGCAGAAAGGCAGUGAUACGCGGUGAGUAAUGCCUGCCUUGUUGCUUGAUGUCAGGACUGCUAUAGAGAGAAUGAAGGCGGACGAGGAUUCCCUCUGACUGUAGCAUCCUACAUUCAUUGAUUAAAGUCUGCCCAUUGUCAACAUGGCAGAGCAAUGGACCGCAGUGCCCACUUCUAAUAUGGCGGCGCUGAACCGGGCUAGAUCAUUGACUGUUAUAUUCUUAAUUGUCAGCAGUUGUCUGAUCAGUAGCAUUGAUGGUAAAGACGCGCCAGAAGAGACUGUCAUCAUUGGCCUCCGGCUCGAGGACACCGACGAGGUGUCGUUUAUGGACAGAGGCUUUUUGCGCGUCAGCGAGCGCUCUCGUGUCAGGUUAAGGGUCUAUGGGCAAAACAUCAACAACGAGACGUGGUCCAAACUCGCCUUUACGGAACACAGCAUCGGCAGCGCACCUGCGGAGAGCCAGAGCCCCGGAGACGCACCUGCCUCGCAUCCCUGCGGCAUCCGAUCCUCCGAUAUCAUCAUCCUUCCUAACGUGGAGGUAAACAGAAAGACAUCUGGGAUUGUUGAAAUAGAGGUGAAACCUCUGCGAAAAACAGAGAAGAGUAAACUGUAUUACCUGUGCAUCGCCACCGUCACACCUGGCGCGCAGGACUCGUGGUCCGAGAACACCUGGAUUUAUCACGAGGGGCAUGACACUAAAGUGCUCGUGGUGGAGGAAAAAAAGUUCCUGCUGCCUUUCUGGCUGCAGGUGAUUUUUAUUGCCAUGUUGUUGUGUUUGUCCGGCAUGUUCAGCGGGCUGAAUCUGGGACUGAUGGCGCUGGAUCCAAUGGAGCUCCGGAUUGUCCAAAACUGCGGGACUGAGAAGGAGAAGAAUUACGCGAAGAGGAUCGAGCCAGUCCGAAGCCAAGGAAACUACCUUCUGUGCUCUUUGCUCCUGGGAAAUGUCUUGGUCAAUACCACUUUGACUAUCCUGCUCGAUGACAUCGCAGGAUCAGGGCUGAUCGCUGUAGUGGUGUCCACUAUAGGAAUUGUGAUUUUUGGAGAAAUCGUGCCACAAGCCAUCUGUUCCAGGCAUGGGCUUGCCGUGGGCGCAAACACAAUACUCCUGACUAAAUUUUUCAUGAUCCUCACUUUCCCUGCAUCAUAUCCCGUCAGUAAACUCCUGGACCACGUGCUGGGGCAGGAGAUCGGCACGGUGUACAACAGAGAGAAGCUUCUGGAGAUGCUCAGGGUGACAGAUCCGUAUAAUGACCUGGUCAAAGAGGAGCUCAACAUCAUCCAGGGCGCUCUGGAGCUCAGGACUAAAACUGUGGAGGAUGUCAUGACGCCUUUGCGAGACUGCUUCAUGAUCGCCGCUGAUGCCAUCCUGGACUUCAACACCAUGUCUGAGAUCAUGGAGAGCGGCUACACGCGAAUACCUGUGUAUGAGGGUGAAAGAUGUCAUAUUGUGGACUUGCUCUUUGUCAAGGACUUGGCCUUUGUGGAUCCAGACGAUUGCACGCCGUUGAAAACCAUCACCAAGUUCUACAGCCACCCUCUGCAUUUUGUCUUCAAUGAUACAAAGCUGGAUGCCAUGCUCGAGGAGUUUAAAAAAGGUAAAUCCCAUCUGGCCAUUGUCCAAAGAGUGAAUAACGAAGGAGAGGGAGAUCCGUUCUAUGAAGUUCUGGGCAUCGUCACGCUAGAGGACGUCAUUGAGGAAAUUAUCAAAUCUGAGAUUCUAGAUGAGACAGACUUGUACACUGACAACAAGACAAAAAAGAAGGUAGCUCACAGAGAGAGGAAACAGGACUUCUCUGCUUUCAAACCCAUAGAUAAUGAGUUGAGGGUGAAAAUAUCACCGCAGCUUCUUCUGGCCGCACUGCGUUUCCUGGCAACUGAGGUGGAGUCAUUUAGUACGGCUCAAAUGUCAGAGAAAAUCCUCCUGCGCUUGCUGAAACAUCCUAAUGUCAUCCAGGAGCUCAAAUAUGAUGACAAGAACAAGAAAAUGUCAGAGCACUACCUCUUUCACCGCAACAAGCCUGUGGACUACUUCAUCCUCAUCUUGCAGGGUAAGGUGGAGGUUGAGGCUGGAAAGGAGGGGAUGAAGUUUGAAGCUGGUGCCUUCUCUUAUUAUGGAGUGCUGACUUUAACCUCCUCACCAGUUCCUCUCUCCUUGUCUCGAACCUUUGUGGUGAGCAGGGCAGAAUCGCUGGCAGGAUCUCCAGAAAAUAAGUCACCUCCACGACCGUUCGGACUCAACCACUCGGACUCCCUGAACAGGAGUGACCGGAUGGAAGUGGUCACUCCCACACUGGGCAGCAGCAAUAACCAGCUCAACUCCUUCCUGCAGGUCUACGUGCCAGACUACUCAGUGAGAGCCGCCUCUGACCUGCUCUACAUCAAGGUGACCCGCCAGCAAUAUCAGAACGCCCUGAUGGCGUCUCGCAUGGACAAGACGCCCCAGUCCACAGACAGCGAGUUCACCAAGAUCGAGUUGACCUUCACAGAGCAUCAGGACGGACCACUAGACGAGUCGGCCACUCUUUUGACCACCAUCACACACAAACCCAACCACACCGGCCACAACGACGGGGCUAUUUAACCAUCCUCAGCGU